AUGUUGGCCGCCCAAUUUGGGAUCGAUUUGUCUGUUCUGGAGCGGCUUGGGCUGUUUGCUCCACUGGGCACGCCUGUACACGUGGCAACUGCUGAUUGCACCACGUUGCUGAUCUGCCUUCGUGCUUAUUUCUGCUUUGAGGCAUUUCCAAAUGUGCGGCAGCAGCAGCAACAGAGUCAGCAGGGGCAGCAUGAUACACAAGCACAUCCAGCCAAUCAGCAGGGGAGGCAGGUCUCGGGUGUACAGGCAACAGCAGCACAUGCCACAGUCCCCCUCCUCUGCGCCCCCCCCUCUCGAAAGCUCCAUCUCAGUGCCAAGGGUUCGAAAUCCUUUCACUUCCCGCCUGCUGCUGCUGCUGUUGCUGCUGCUGGUGGUUCUGCAGUUGACGCUGCUAUUGCAGCAACAGAGGCAGCAGCAGCUUCGGCACCCGAACCAGUCAUCGAACCUGGAAGUUCGGCAGCAGCAGGGGCAACCAGCACUCCACCCCCAGUCAUCUCCUGGUCACACGAACAAUACCCCUUUAUAGGCUUCUUCGGUUGGGUGUCCUUUUUCAAACGCCUACUCAUCCUACACUGCCCCACCGCCCUCCCGUGCGCGGCGUUUUUCGCUGCUCUGUAUCCUGUCAGCGCGAUAGGGUUUGGGUUCCUGCUGCUGGCGGUGCUGGGGUGUGUGAGGCUGAGGGCUGUGAGGGGCACGGCACCGAGAUGGAUGUUCUUAUAUGGAGGGGCGGCGCUGGUAGCGGAGUUUGGGUUCCAGGUGGUGGUGGCACAGUGGGGGCUGGCGGGGUGGGUGGAGCAGCACAGCACGAUGCUUCAGUUUUGUAGAGCGCUCAGGGCCAAGGGCGCUGGUGGCGGAGUUUGGGUUCCAGGUGGUGUGGUGGUGGCGCAGUGGGGGCUGGCUGGCAGCAUGGGUGGAGCAGCACAGCACAAUUCUGCAGACACUGCUAUUAGCACUGUGGCAGGGGGGCGAAUGUGGGCUUUAACGUCCGGGUGUACUGCCAAAGCGGUGCUCCUAGCAGCUUGCCUGCUCCACCAUGCCUCCUGCCACUGGCUCGCCGACCUUCCGCCGGAGCUUCGGGCCGACCCUAAAGGCGAGCUGUGCGUGCUGUUUGCGCCUCCCGAAGCUGUGGCUGUGGCUCGGCAUGCUGCUUCGGUGCAUGCAGAGGAGAUGACGGAGGAGGGGGAGGAGGAGGAGGAGGAGGAGGAGGAGGAGGAGGAGGAGGAGGAGGAGGAGGAGGAGGAGGAGGAGGAGGGGGGAGGAGGAGGAGGAGGAGGAAGAGGAGGAAAGGGAGGAGGAGUCAGCGCAGAAAAGGACGCACAGAAGGAUUUCACCCCUCCCCAGAGCCAGAUUGGGAGAGGCGAGGGAGGAGGCGGGGGAGGUGGGGGAGGUGGAGGAGGUGGAGUAGGGUCAUGGAGGCGAGGCGAGAAGGCAGUAAGUGGUGCUUCGCUGGAACGGCAUGAGGAGGAGAUUCAGGUCCAGGCAUGUAGCGUGGAAGAGGGGGAAGAGGAGGGUGAGCGGGAGGAGGAGGGUGAGGGGGAGGAGGAGGGGGAGGGGAAAAGUGGGAAGGGGAAGACAGAGGAAGGGAAAACUGGCAGGGGCACAGGGGGGAUUGAUAAGAGUGGGUCUGCGUAUGACGAUGAUGGGUUCUUUGAUGGAUAUGAUGAUGAGUUUGAUGAGGAGGAUGAAUAUGAUGAGGAGGAUGAGGAGGAGGAGGACCAAUCAGAGGAGGCGCGGCGGUACCGGCAGCAGCUGCGGUCGAUGUGGGCUUCGGUGCAGAACACUGUGGCACACUUCUUUUCACUCUACGGAUUUCAUGUGGUCGUGCUCUUCCUACUGGUCGCCAGUUUCGCAGUCAAGAACAUUGUAUCGCUGCUCUACACAUCCCCCUCUGCAUCGCCCUCCCUCCACACCUCACCCCUCCACGCCUAUGAUAACCCUAUUGCUACUCCGUUUCCUCCCCAUCCCAUCUCCCAUCCCCCUCAGGUGGUCGUUUUGUUUCUCCUGGUUGCCAGCUUUGUAGUCAAGAACAUCGUAUCGCUGCUCUACACAUCCAUCGUCGGCCUCUGCAUUGCCCUUCCUCCACGCCUCGUCCGCCUGCUCUGGCCGCUCCUUACAGUCACCUUCUCUGCAAUCACCCUCUGGCACAGAGAGGUGUUCAACAGCGGAGGGGUGUUCAACAGCGGAGGGGUGUUCAAUGUUGUCAGGCAGCACCACCCGCCCAGGACGCACAGCCGCAACUGCCAGGACUGCUGGCUCAGCACGGACUCACAGGACCCCACCUGCUGGGACUGCUGGCUCGGUGGCAUUGUGGAUGACCGUCGGAUCCUCUGUGCAUAUUUCAUCGUCUUCCUCCUCUCAUGUCUCCUCCUCUCCCCUACUUCCUCCUCCUUCGCCUCCACCUCCUCCGACUCCUCUUCUUCCUCCACCACCCAUUCAAACCCAUCGUUCCCACUCGAUACCGCACCGCACCUCACCCGAUGGACCUCCCUCCCUCCACCUCCCCUCCCUCCACUCUCAACCCCGCGCUCCCCCCACAAUCCCCACCCCUCCUUCCCCCCUCCUCCUUCCCUCCACCCACCCCCGUCCUCCUCCUCCCCCUGGCACGACCUCUCAGAAGGGCCCUCACCCAGCUGGACCUUUCUGGACCACUGGCGAUUCCUCUACUACAAAUACCUCCUCUGGAUAUGCCCGUAUUUCCCGUACCUGCCGGCGCUGUCGUGCAACCCGUUUAGUAUUGUCGGGUUGUAUAAGUAUGACUAUGGGCUGAGGAUGGACACGCGGAGUGCGGUGGUGGAUCUGACCAUGUUUGUUCUCAUCACCCUCUUGGCUCACAGCCUUCGAUCGGAGCUGUUUCAGCAAGUGCUGCUCUUCACCACCAAGCAGGAGGUGAGGCACCGGAUAGGGCCUCCGAUCCGUCCUCUUUCAGCAAGUGCUGCUCUUCACCACCAAGCAGGAGGUGAGGCACCAGGCAUGGGGAUAGGCAGCCGGGUAGGGUCCGAGCUGUUCCAGCAAGUGCUGCUCUUCACAACCAAGCAGGAGGUGAGGCACCAGGCAUGGGGACAUGCAGCCGGGUCCGAGCUGUUCCAGCAAGUGCUGCUCUUCACCACCACGCAGGAGGUGAGGCACCAGGCAUGGGUGGGCCGUAGGCUGGUAGGAGAGGGACAGGCAGAGGGACAGGCAGAGGAACAGGCAGAGGGACAGGCAGAGGGACAGGCAGAGGGACAGGCAGAGGGACAGGCAGAGGGACAGGCAGAGGGACAGGCAGAGGGACAGGCAGAGGGACAGGCAGAGGGACAGGCAGAGGGACAGGCAGAGGGCGGCAGAGGGACAGGCAGAGGGCGGCAGAGGGACAGGCAGAGGGCGGCAGAGGGCGGCAGAGAUGGAGCGGAACAGGCAGCGCGCAGCAGAGUUGGUGGCGGCAUGGCAGAGGGAGCUGUUAGAACUUAG